UCGACUUGGUAGACUGAAUCAGUAUUUGUCUGGUACAUGAUAUCAAACUCAUAACGUAAUUUAUUUUAUUUCACUAUAAUAUAAAAUGAAGUGGAUGAUAUACAUGGUGUAUGUAUUUUACAUAAAACUAAUUGUGAUAACUCAAUACAGCUCACAUUGUCAUGUGCUUGAUAAUUUUAAACAACUAUUAUCUGAGGAUAAAUUAAAUAUCACCAGUACAGAUGAUGUAAAUUUAAUAGAGCUUGAAAAUGCAACAGAAAUAUUAAUUGACAGUAAUGAAUUGGAAAAAAGAAUAAAUAUAUAUGGAAAUUCAAGUAUUUUAGAAGUGCCAACUGGUAAAAAGUGGAUUUGGUUACCAAAUUUUGUUUGGGCAUUUAUUGGACUAACAACAACAACAACGACAACAACAACAAUAUCACCACCAACAACAACUGAAGAUCAACCAGAAGAAUCUUCUGAAUGUCAAGUGUGCGAAUGUGGUAUAUCGAAUCCUCCAAAUCGCAUUGUAAAUGGUUUUGAAGUUCGUGUACUUCAAUAUCCAUGGGUUGUAUAUUUAACAUACCAAGGAAGAUAUUCAUGCGCUGCAUCUAUAAUUAGUGAUAAAUAUGUAUUGACUGCAUCUCAUUGCAUCGACAGGUAUGAUAAAACACUAUUAAAAGUUGUAGUUGGUGAUCACGAUCGUAAUAGUUCAACUGAUACAAAUCCAAUUGAAUACAAAGUAGAAGAAAUAAUAAAACAUAGUGGAUAUACAAUAACUAAUUAUGAUAAUGAUAUAGCAUUGAUUAAAAUUGAUGGUAGAAUAAAAUAUAAUGGCACAAUAAGGCCAGUCUGUCUUCCUGAUACAGGACCCACAUAUGCUGGUGAAAAUGGUACUGUUGUUGGUUGGGGUUCAACUAAAGAAGGUGGAUCAUCGUCAAAUGUUCUUCGUCAAGUUGUUGUACCAAUUAUGACAAAUGGUGAAUGUCGAGCGAUGAAAUAUCCACCAAGGCGCAUAACGAGUAAUAUGAUGUGUGCUGGUUUUCCUGGUGGUGGCCAAGAUUCAUGUCAGGGUGACAGUGGAGGACCCCUUACUGUGAUUGAAGAUAAAAUUUAUAAAAUUGUCGGUGUCGUUUCAUGGGGUGAAGGUUGUGCUUCUCCAGGCUAUCCAGGGGUAUACGCACGUGUCAAUCGAUACAUGACUUGGAUUGAACAAAAUACUGCUGAUUCUUGUUAUUGUUGAUUUUUUUUUUUUGCUGAAUUAAGACGAAA